UAAAAGUUAAUUAAUCCAGUGUAAAAUUAUCAAUAAGCUUAUAUUCUCCUGUUUUUGAAUUACCAUCCCUUUGGCCUCCCGUUCAAUCGAUUAAUGUUAUCGGACAGCCGUGUCGAUGGAAGCGACGUUCAAAAACCCCGAAUUGGAUGUGUGCAGUGACCAGUUUAACCCCCUUAGAGCCUUGUACGAACCCAAUUAUAAGGUGACCGAUGUGGUCCCCAAAGUCCUGUACCAGAAUCUCGCCGCCUUCGACAGUGCGCUAAAGAAGUUUGGCAUCUGGCAGUUGAACAAGCGACAGAAGUCGGAAACUGGGGGAGAAGCAGGAGACGAUGCAGGACCUAAGAAGGCCUUAGCUUCCAGGUCUGCAGACAUCGCAGAGGCCCCUCAGCGGCGCUUUGAGCUGCAUCAGAUGCCCACGACCAGCACUUCGAGAAAGAAACACAAUCGCAACAUUUUCACGUACAUGGAUGCGGUUGUCGGUCCCCUGGAACUGCUUAAAAGGUGCAUUUCUCGGGAGAGCCACAAGGAAGUCAGCGAAAGAAGGCGUGUUCGGGUGGUGCUCCGCAAGCAAGGAGCAGUCGGUGGAUGCGUGGAGGGUGAUCUGAUCGCCUUUGACAAGCAGUGGAAUCUCCUUUUGAAAAGGGCCACCGAGACCUGGAAGCGACGCAAGUACGGUUACGGAGAGCAGAACAUAUGCGACACAGCUUCGGACUGCACAGACCGACUCAAGCAGUUGGGAAUUACUCUUCCCAGAUUCCAAGUCAAAAGUCUGAACCGGAAAAACGUGGAAAUUACGCGGGAUCUUCCACAGAUCCUUAUCCGCGGUGAAAACAUAGUUUUCGUUAGUUUAAUAACAUAAAAAACAAUUUAAUUAUAAAAUAUAUUUUUGAAACUGUAACUACGUAUUAGAAGUUGAUAUCUUAAGAGAAUUAAAACAAUCGUCGAUAAAAUAAAAUAUAAAAUCAGGCGGUUAUGCCCCUUCCCCCAGUGUGACCAAAGUC